AUGGCACUCUUCUCGUGUCCAGACCUUCUCUUCUCCUUGCUUGUCCUGCUUCUCUCCUUGCUCUGUUUAGUCAAGUUGAGAAGUUCCAAUAUGGCAGCGCUCCCUAGGGAAUGGCCACUGGUUGGCAUGUUCCCUUCCCUCGUGGCUAACCUCCACCGCUUCCAUGACUACAGCACCGCCUUCCUUGCCGCUUCGGGCGGUAGCUUCGUGUUUCGUGGGCCGUCUCUCUCUGGCAUGCGCUUCUUCUUCACCUGCGACCCCGCGAACAUCCGCCACAUCUUCGUCUCCAACUUCACGAACUACCCCAAGGGUGUGGAGUUCGCGGCCAUCUUCGACAUCAUGGGGGACAGCUUCUUCAACGCAGACGGCGAGUCGUGGCGCCGCCAGCGUGAAAAGGUGCAGCACCUCGUGUCCAGCCCACAGCUGCUCACUUACAUGGCCUGGUGCUGCCGUGACAAGGUGGAGGACGGCCUCCUCCCCUUCUUGUCGCGAAGCAGCCACGCAGAAGUUCCGAUUGAUAUUCAAGAACUGUUUACCAGGUUCACAUUCGACAUGACGGCCAGGUCGGUCUUCGGGGUCGACCCUGGUCUCCUGUCAGUAGAUAUGCCACCCCUGACUGUGCCGAACGCCAUGGAAGCCGUCAUGGAUGUAGGCUUCUUCCGGCACACGGUGCCAGCUUCUUGCUGGAGGUUUAUGAAGCGUGUAAAAGUCGGCCCAGAGCGGCAGCUCGCGGCAGCGCAGUUGGAGCUCCGACGAUUCGUUGCCGAGAUGUUGGAGAAAAGGAGAGACGGACCAGUCCACGUGGAUGAAGUGCGAGAAGAAAGGAACGAGGAAAUUGUUUCUUCCUAUCUCCACGACCCAGAGUACAGUGACGAGAACGGAAGACCUAAUGCCUUCCUCUACGCAACCCUGAUCAAUUACAUGUUUGCCGGGCGUGACACGGCCGGCAUGAGCAUGACCUGGUUCUUCUACAACCUCAUCAAACACCCGCAUGUGGUGUCGGCCAUCAGAGUGGAACUAGCACCCAUUGCCAUGCACAAAGCUGCAACCUCCACCGGCAACAACCACAUGGUAAUCUUUGACCCCGAGGAGACGAAACCGCUCGUCUACCUCCAGGCGGCAUUGUUCGAGUCGAUGAGGCUGUACCCGCCGGGUCCGAUCGAGCGCAAGACGGUGAUGGCAGACGAUGUGCUGCCCAGCGGGCACAGGGUGCAGAGGGGUGAAACCAUCCUCAUCGCGCUCUACUCGAUGGGCAGGAUGGAAGGUGUGUGGGGCGAGGACUGCCACGAGUACCGGCCAGAGAGAUGGGUCAAGGAGGACGGCAAGCUGCUGCACGUGCCGUCGUACAAGUUCCUAGCCUUCAACGCCGGGGCAAGAUCAUGUUUGGGCAAGCACAUCUCGGUAGUGCAGAUGAAGAGUGUGAUCGCCGCCAUGGUGUGGAACUUCGAUUUCGAGAUGCUGACACGACACGUUGUAGAGCCCAAGCCGUCCGUCGUGCUCAAAAUGAAGAAUGGGUUGCUGGCUAAGGUCCACAAACGGCGGGUCGAAUAAACCAUACAAAAGCCAUCUACGUACUCGGUGUCUUUCUAUUUUAUUAUUACAUGGGAAGCAUUUGUAUUUCUCGUCUAUGUUUGGCAGCAAUAAGUAUGUGUCCUUCCUUCCUCGCUGAAAUAAUAAGUAUUUGCUCUUCCUUCCUCGCUGAAAUAAUAAGU